CGGCGCGCAGAUUUGAUCGUGCAGACCUUGCAAGGAAACGUCAAGAGUUUUUGUUGUUUGCUUUCUGUGACUGAUUUGUUGAUUUGACAGAAAUGAAUCUGGAUUUAGAAUCUUUAAAAUAUGCGGAGCUACAGCAGCUCGCGAAGGAUGUAGGCUUGAAGGCGAAUAUGAAGGCCGAUAAACUUCUUAAAGCACUCAAGCAACACUUUAAGCUGCAAAAUGGCCCUUCACAUGAACAGAAACAAGAACACCAAUCAAAUCACUUGACUUCAGCCAACAAGAAUGAUAAUGAGUUUGGUAAGGAAGAUCCAGUUAUUCAGACCUUUGUCACUAAAAGGCGUGGACGUGGCCGUACCACUGGAACACUUAAAAAAGAAGACAUGCAGGUUGUUAUAGAAGAGGAAAAGGGGCAGCAAACUUCAGAAGUUAUGCAGAAAAUACAGAAUAAUGAAGUGAAUGCUGACAUUAUGACUCUUGAUAAGGCCAUGGAAAAAGAAAACAAAGGUGAAAAAUCUGUUGUGAGCUUCUCUGGAAAGAUCCCCCGUAAUGCAAGGCUUUUAAGUAAUAUGCAGAAAUCGACCACCAAACCAACCACUCCAAACUUCAAGAGGCUACAUGAAGCCAAUUUUAAAAAGAUGGAGUCUAUUGAUUCAUACAUUGAACGUAAAAAGAAGAGACUGGAAGAAAAUAAAAAUUGUGUAAAAGAAAUAAAGAAACCGGAAAACCGCAGUGCAAUAUUCAGCCCAGCUCCUUUGGAAAGGAGGCGCACAGUUGCCACCCCUUCAUUCAGGAGGAAAUCGUCACAUAUCUCUGCCAUUCAGACAGAAGAAGGUGCGCCUGGUGGAUUUAAACCUUCCAUUUUCUCAACAAAGAAAAUGAAUGUGAGGUUUUCUGAGGCGACUAAGAAUAAUGAGUACAAGUACUCGUUGGCAAAGACUCCAGCAAGGAUGUCCCUAUCUGCUGAGAAAUGCAAACACAGUUCAGCAACUAGAGCAUCAAGGACUUCAAAGUGCACUGUGGAAAAGCCAGUGCCACCGGGAUCAUGCAGCAAAACAGUGGUCACUCCUUUCAAGUUUGAAGGUAAUGCCACCAAGGCUACAGUCAGCACACCAGCAACAAAUAAGAAACCUACAUUUGACCUAAAAGCCAGUCUUGCUCGACCUCUUGCAUACCAGCCCCAUAAAGGCAAGCUGAAACCAUUUUUGGAUUCUAAAGAGAAUGCCGGAGCAGCAAACACCACACUGUCUCAUAAGAAAAAUUAUAAGCAGCACCAGACACAAACAAGGAGACUUUUGAAGAUCUCAUCUGAGAGGGAGGAACGACGGAAUAAGCAUACUGAAGAAAGGAGGCAUAAGAAAGACCACCUGCUUGAAGCUCGAAGAGGCUUGGCGCUAAACUGAGAUGUAAAAUCGAAGCAGUUUGGCUGUAAUUAUUGUAGAUUUGUCUGUGUUUUCAGUGUCUUUUUAGAGCUUUCCUUGACCAAGUCUUUGUUUUUAUUACAUUUGUCUAGUUCUACUUUGCUUUAGAUGUCUUUUUAUUGAUUUUUUUCAUUGAGAGUUUAAUCUGUUAAAGCACAAACCUUUCAAAAAUGCUUA